AUGUUGGGCGAGGAAGGGAAGGUUAAUCUAAUUUUUUGAGUAUUUGGGUUAGGGGUGCAUCUGAAAGGAUUUCUACUAGGCCCGGUACGGCCCAACUGUCGCUUUCACUGUUCUAGUCAGGGUAGAUAACGGUAGUAAAUGUUAUGCGUUUCUUUUUUUUUAAGAUUUAAAACGUUUUACGACUUUUUUCGAAGCAUUCAAAGGUCGAAAUGACUCAUAAAACCGUGAAGUAGAUUGGGGAUGGUUACAACUAAUCUCACAGACGAAUAAUUGAGAGAUUAGUCACCGGUUUUACUCGGAUUACUGUUACAGUAAAAAGAGGGGCAUAACAAUUUACAUCAUAACUAUAAAAACUUUUUAAUGGCAUACUUUUAUAGAAUAACAACUUUAUAAUGUCACACUUUUAUAGAGUAACCACUUUUUAAUGUCAUGGUUUUAGGAAGUGGAGCCAUCCCCAACUUUUGUCGAAAAACAACUCCUCGCCUUGCACAUAUCACUUAAACUUGAGGUAGAUGAAGAGAAACGCAAAGUCACUCAACUGUUGGGCAUUCUACGCCAAGUCCGAGCUCAAUUGCCGGAGGCGGCGGUCAAAACCUUGGAUGCUAGCCAGAACAGUCAGCUAGAAGAAACAGGUAACGAUGACAAUGUGAGUAGGGACGAUCUCACCGAACUGGAACGAGAACGUGACGCUCUACAGGCAGAUGUGGUCAAAUACCGCCACUUGUGCGGGUUGUUGAGGGCGCGGCUCGAACAAUACAACUUGAUGCUGAGUUCGGCCCAAAAAGAGGAUUCAGUGCCGCCGAAUGAAGCCGGUGAAUCGGUGGUUACAAGGUUUUAGUGGAAGGAGUUGGGGCUUUGUUUUCUUUAUUUUAUGUCUUUUAUAGGUACUUUUACUUCAUUUUAUUCUGUUUUAUUGUUAUCUUCUCUUCAUUUUGUUGUCUUGAUACUUUUCUCUUUGCUUUAUCUCUGUUCAUAUGCUAUAUUAAUAAGUACAGUAGACUUUUAGUCAUUUUUUCUUUGAUUACGGUUAUUUUUACUUUGUUUUCACAAUUAUUUUAAAAUUUUUUUUCAAUUUUUCAUUAUUAAAAUAAUAUCGAAAUGUGGAUAUUUUACUUUAAACUUGCAUAUUGUGUUAUAUCACACUUUUUAUCAUGAAUAAUAUGUUACUUUACAAUUUGUUUUGACGUGAAUUUGGUUUGAAUUGACGUACAUACUAUAAUAUCUUCCAUUUAUUUGCAAUAAAGAGCUUUGUUUAGCAAUAAAUUGUGACCAAAGAGGUGAUUGUUAAUUAGAAAUGACAGUUUUUACUGAAGUAAUAACAGUAUUUGGUAUCGAAAUUAGGAUUGGCAGCCCCUUGCACCUACCUCUACCCCUACCUUUACCCCUACCCCUCUAUCCAUGGGUGUAUCUUUACUAUAAUAUUAUUCUUAUCCUUACUCCCAUCCCAACCUUUACUUCUACUUUUACCCCGGUAUUUUCGUCAAUUUGUAUGCAUUUGCACGGUCAAAAACGACAAGACUUUUCUUUCCAUUUUACUGUACUGUGACGUGGUAUGAUUUACAUAUUUUUUAUAACUUACAGUAAUUCUAAGGCUAUAAUUUUACUUUUAGGGCUAAUUCUAAAAUUUUAAUUCUAAUCGCGGGCGCAGAUUGCGGGUUUUUAUCAAAAUUCAAUUUUUUGAAAUUUUUUAAAAUUUAAAAAAUUGUUUUAAAAUUUGAAAAAAGGCAAAAAAUUAAGUUUUUAUGUUAAUUCGUUUCAGCAUUGGCAAAAAAAUUGAAAUGAGAUCAUUCGACUGUUACCUUUUCGAUAGCGACCAGUCGCUUCGUAUUUUACUCUCGACUGACUCUGUUCUUGCUUCAAGAGUUCACAGAUUUGAGGCAUGGGCAAGAACAAUCAAAUUGUCCACGAACCUUAUUUUUUUGGGGGGUUUUGCCUAGAGUCAAUGCUGAAGUGGGUUUUUUAAAUUUUUAAAAAUUUAAAAAUUUUUUUAAAAUUUUGAAAUUUUUAAAUUUCAAUUUUUUAAUUUCAGAACUGCCUACUAAAAAAGGGUGAUUUCGCCGUGCGUUUUGAUGUGCGGAAGAAGUCGUUUGUGUCGAUGAUUAAAGGCUUGAGCUCAGUCCAUCACGAACGACUGUCAGAAGAAGGCGGUCGAUGGCAUUCAGUUCGGAAGCCAAAACGAAAGUUCAAUACCAUAAAUGAGUUCGUUGAGCAUCACAAGAAGAACGCCUUUCUGUUUGAUGGAGAGGAAGUGACCAUCAUGAAUGUCAACACUCGACCCUUCUGGAUGUUAACCAAGAGCGAAAUGCACUUGGAGAAGACUAAAUUGGGUAUGGUUUUUGAAAUUAUUGAUGAUGGGGCGGGGUAUCCUAAAAUUGUGUUAUUCGUGUAGGGUAUUGUGAGUUUUAUUAACUGGGCGGAUUAUUUUAAAUAUUGUUUCUAUUGGGCAGGGUAUUUUAAAAUUUUGAUUAUUGGGCAGGGUAUUUUUAAAUUUACACUGCUGGUCGGGAUGUUGUGCGGUAAAAAGGUAGGGUAAGAAUAGGGCGUGGAAGGGGUGAGGGUAAGUAUAGAAUUAGAGGCAGGGGUACGGGUUUACAUAGGGUUAGGAGUUGAGCAGGAUAUUUUGAGUUCUGUUGGGUGGGCAGGAUAUUUUAAGCUUUGUUUUCACUGCGCAGGGUAAAAUAAUUUGAUGAUUAGACGGGUAUCUUAAAAUUGAUGGUAGCUGGGCAUGGUAUUUUAAAUUUUGUUAACUGAGCAGGGUAUUGUAGUUGUUAUUGAGAAUUGGGGAUAAAUAAAAAUUUUUUAGGCAGUGGAGAGUUCAGCACAGUACAAGCCGGAACAUACAAAAAGCAACUCAAAAUGGCAGUCAAAAUAUGCAAGGAUAAAGGCGAAGGCAAGGAAUUUAUUAUUAUCAUUUUUAACUUUUUUCAGCAUCAUUUUGGUUUUUUUUUAUUUCUAUAAAAAUUAAAGCAAGAUUUCAGAAGACGAAGCGGAGGAACAGAACGCUGAAAUGGUCACAGAGGCUACCGUGAUGAAGGACUUUAAACAUUCGCAUGUCAUUAGUGUAUGGUUCUUAUUUCAAAUUGUAGAGUACGGUAGGGCAAUAUAGGGUAGGGUACGGUAGGAUAGUGUAGAUUAGAGUAGGGUAGGGUAUGAUAAGGUGGAGUGGGGGUAAUAAAAAAGAAUCGUUACUCAGUGCACUAUCGUUCCCUACAGUGCAUAACCAUUACCCUAAUUUUUAUUCAUUUUUAGAUUUCAACACAAAAAAAGAAUAAAAUGCCAUCGAAAUGAAACUUUUCACAGGGGGGGGGGAAUGAGUAUGCCUUUACGAGUGGGGAACGAUCCUUUGGUUUUUAGAGAACGAUUUUGCAUGAGCGCCUUGAUUUUUUGUUAUUAUGAAAAAGUUUUUAAAAUUUAUCUUUAGUUUUAUGGUAUUUGCUGUGACGAGUCCCCAAUCAUGAUAGCUAUGGAGUUCUGUCCGGGAGGAUCUUUGUCAUCUCACUUGAAGAAACAACUAGAUGCUAUUACAGUAGGAGAACGAGUACGGUAUUGCUUUGAGACGGCUCUUGGGAUGGAGUUUUUGCACACAAAGUAAGUACCUAACCCUUGCCAUAGCUUUGCGUAGCCCUAGCGUUGUCUAGCUUUUGUCCUAGCUCUAGUCCUAACCCUAGCUUUGGUCCUAUCUCUAACUCUAGCUUUAACCUUAGUGCCAGUCUUAGUUCUAGCCUAAAUCUAUUUCAGAGAACUGAUUCACCGUGACUUGGCGGCGCGAAACGUUCUGAUCAGCAGUGAGGGUAUGUUGAAGAUUAGUGACUUUGGCAUGAGUAAGAUUGUGAACGUGCUAGCCGGCGAACGGGUGCGAAAUCUGAAGAAACCGCUACGAUGGACUGCUCCAGAAGCCGUGAGCGACGAGGCACCGUGCUACACGUGGGCUAGUGAUGUUUGGUAAGGCUUUUGGCACUUUUUUAGGGUACAUAUUAACUUUUGGGGGGAAGAUUUUUAUUUUGGGGGUAGAUUUUUAUUUUGCGGGUAGAUUUUCAUUUUGGGGGUAGAUUUUAGUUUUGGGGGUAGAUCUGUAUUUUGGGGGUAGAUUUUAGUUUUGGGGGUAGAUCUGUAUUUUGGGGGUAGAGUUUUUGUUUGGGGGCAGAUUUUUACUUUAAGAAUAUGUACUUAAUUUUUUAAAUUUAAAAACUAAAAUUUCAGGGCAUGGGGAGUGAUGUUAUACGAGAUUUUUGGCAACGGCGCCCAACCCUUUGCCGAAAUCGACAAUGACAAAGUGAGGGCAAUGAUUCUCAGCUGUAAAAUGUUACCCAUGCCCGACAAAACUCCCGAAGAGAUUCGACUUCUGACGAAAAAUGGCAUCUUCCUCAAGGAUACUCAAGUUCGGAUGUCAUUCACUAAGAUUGUCCUGAUGUUGCGAGUAUGGGAGCUCAAGUACAAACCGCCAGAGUUUGGGCUGGUAAGGAGGAGUGUUGGGUGGGGUAGUUUAGAAAUAGAGAGGUUUGGGCUGGUAAAGAGAGAGGUUGGGCGGGGUAGUUUAGCAGUGUGAUUUUUGGGCGGGAUCGGAUUUUUGGGCGUUAAAUUUUGAAAAAGUGGAUUAGGUCUAGUACUUGGGCUAUUAUUUGUACUAGGGCUAGUGUUAGUAGUAGUCCUAGUGUUAGUACUAGAAGUACUACUAGGGCUAGGGUUUUAGGUUCUAGUAUUAGGUCUAGGGUUAGUACCAGGGCCAGUACCAGGUCUAGAGCUCGUACUGGGGCUAGGAUUUGUACCGGGACUAGUACCAAGUCUAGAGUUUGUACUAGGUCUAGGAUUAGUACCAGGGCUAGUACUAGGAAUAGGGCGCGUUUUAGGGGUAGGACUAGGACCAGGGCUAGUACCAGGUCUAGGGCUUCUACUAGGGCUAGGGUUAGUACUAGGACUGGGGCUCUGGGAUGUAUACUUAAAUAAACCUCUUUUUAGGCUACAGUAUUCCAAAUCCCGGGUGUACAGGCCGUCGCUCCCAAAGACCUGGAAGACAAGAUGGAUCAGAUAGGUUGCCUGAUUGGAGACAAGGGCGUGUCUUUAUCUACAGCUCGUGGCGGUUCCAAAUCCCCAGUCUUUCAUUCAGCAAAGUCCAAUCCUCUAGAAGCCCAAAAAGCCCACGGCAGCGGUCGAAAAGUUCCUUCCAAAAAGCACAGUGCAGAAUCGCCUAAAAGUUCGAAGAAAAAACAUAAAAAGAAGUCCAAGUCACCCACCAAAAAACCCAAGACAAAAGUUUAG